GACAAGACUGUACUUCCUUUCAUAUACGACUCGAGUCGUCAAGAAUCGCACAACGACCAAGACGUCCAUCAGGGAGGUUUCAGCGAUGUGUUUCGGGUUCAGAUACAUCCCAGCCACCACAAUUUCCGUGGCCUCGACUGAAGCGGCUGUAUUCCAAGAGCCGGGACGAAUUUGGGAGGGAAUUCGAAAUGCUCAAGAGAUUUAGCGGCACGGUCUCUGACUCAGGAUCACACGUGAUAUCUCUACUUGCAACAUACGAGCAGUCUGCAAGUUUCUAUCUCAUCUUCCCCUGGGCCCAAGCCGAUCUCUCCAAGUAUUGGAUGGUCAACAACCCGUCGCCAAACUUCGACGAAUACGUUUACUGGGUGGCAGAUCAGUGCUUGGGCUUAGCCAAUGGCCUACGACUCAUCCACAGUUACGGAAUUACCGAGGGCCCAGAGGAAUCCUUGUCAAGCAACGCAGACACGAGAAAAUUAUCUGACGCGGUCUCUACUCCGUUUCGUGUCAAUCGAGGCUCAGUGCAGCAACUAAUAAUUAAUGAAAGUGCAAGAAACCCGUACCGGGGCCGCCACGGUGAUAUCAAACCGGAAAAUAUCCUUUGGUUUAUUGACCCUUCGGACCCCAAUGACCAAGGAACGCUCAAGAUAUCCGACUUUGGAGUUUCCGAGCUAGAAACCCGACUAUUAGCCACUACGACCAACACCGUCCCAUUCACGCCGGCGUACCAGCCUCCAGAGAUGGACGUGAAGGGUACAGCAAUCGGACAAGCUGCCGAUAUUUGGAGCUUAGGCUGUGUUUAUCUCGAAUUCGUGAGCUGGCUUCUGGGCGGGUUUUCAUACGUGCAGGAGUUUGCGAAACGCAAGAGCGCCAGGGGAGGCUUGGACGCGAGCGCGUUCUUUGAGAUCAACGAGAUUACGUCCACCGAAGGCAGCAAAGGAUAUGCACUGGUCAAACUAGCAGUGAUUGAGUGGAUCGACCACCUUCACUCCGACCCUGCCUGCACGGGGUUCGUGCACAGCUUUCUUGACGUUAUUCGGUUUAGAUUGCUUGUUGUAGACAGUACUAGGCGGGCAACAUCAUCGGCCGUUUGUGACCGGCUGUAGAAGAUGGCAGAACGAUGCUACACCGAUGCGAACUACGCUCUAGAACCCACGUUGGUGGAUAGUGACGACGACGCCGCGCCCAAACCAGAGGCAAUGGAGGUCGAAGGUGUGAGAGCCCACCAGCUGCGAGUGUAC